CAGGUUAACCGCGCACACAUACUGAGAUCAAGUACCGUGAGAUCGUGGAAAAUCCCGAGCGACUAGACUCCAAUCUGGACGGAAAUGCGGCGGCUCCUAGUAUAAAAACCGUUCCGUGACAGGCUCAAACUCAAGGAACCGCUCUGCAAGAUCAACUCAGCGAAGAAAAUUCUCAACAACGCAAUCCCCAAAGAAGCAGCUCUACUGGACUCAUUAUGGACAACUACUGUUUCUUCAGAAACACUCCUGAUAAGUGUCCAACAACCCCCACGCAAGUCAAUCAGACGACUCUUGGGCAGUGCACCUGUCAGUGUACUUGUCGCACUAAUCCCCGCACCAAUCUGGAUCCCGAAGGACCUGUGAGUGUGAUCGGCACUCCUGGUGAUCUAGUCGUCAUUCCAGGCGUUCCUGACCCUGGCAUCACUACUCGCUUUGGUAAUCCGCUACAACGGAUUCUAGUUGUGACGACGAACGAAUUCGACGAGGAAGUGCUGCGGGUCACGUACGACGACAACGGCGCCAACAACCAGUGGGGCUUUCAUGAAGGGGGUGGCAGUAUUCAUGUUACAGAACUGUUCAGAACUCCUGGUUUAGGCGGCUUAUUAGUUGAGAUUAUGGGGGUCACCCCGCCGUCUUUCCCAGAGGUCAAAUGGCGUCUGACUGUCAGUGAGGACGAAGGAGUACCUGACAGAUUCCCUAUAUUCUUGCCAGAGGAACCUGAAGAGGUAUACAUGAUGCAUCCUCUGAUAGAGACCUCGCUUUUAAGGCCUCGCCUAUGUGACGUUCUGACAUUGCUUAUAAUCAGGGCCAUUUAAACCUGCAAAAAUUAGCAUAGGUACCCGUCUACAUGUUCCUUGUUCUUGCACUAUCACUAAUAUGCUUAUUAUAACAAAGCAACUUCUUACAGCAUCCUUUUUUGCUUCAGCAUGUUGGGCUGUUCAUAAUCCACUUGUAUUUUUUCGUUAGGGUGUAAACCCACAACUGCACACCCAGUUCAAUAUGGAGGUGGAUCAAAAUACGGGGCGAACUGCUUUUAGCUUCACCACAACACAAGGUGAAACCCCCAGAAAAUACUACCUCGUCCCGUCAGUUGAGGAUGGAGUCCGAUACAUUGAGACAAAGGAGACUAAUGACCCUGAACACGUCUUCCAAACUCUAAGCAACAGAAGUAACCUCACUAUUAUUUCCUCGAGUAACACCAUAACUACUGCAACAGAAGCACUUGAGGUGGAAAACUAUGAUGUAGCAUUAUACACUCAAGACAAAGCAUAAAUUAAACAUCACUAUUUUACCCUUUUGCGAUUA